GUUAAAUUGUUUGUUUAGAAAGAAGGGCUCCUCUUUAAGACCCACCACAAAUAGCGGCUGAUCCCUCGGACCCAAGCCCUCCCACCUUCAAAGGAACCAUAUAUUGCCUCUCAAUCCAUCUCUUCUUUCACACUCUCUCCUCUGUUUCUUAGUUACAAAGCUAAGUCACAACUUUUUUGUUGAUACAUUAAUGGAGGAGCGCAAUGAAGGUGAAAAAGGCGAGGAGCUAAUGCUGCCUGGCUUCCGUUUUCACCCAACCGACGAAGAGCUUGUUGGGUUUUACCUCAAAAGAAAGGUUCAACAAAGGCCUCUUCUCAUAGAACUCAUCAAGCAAAUUGACAUUUACAAAUAUGAUCCAUGGGAUCUUCCAAAGUUGGGUGGUAGUGGAGAAAAAGAGUGGUAUUUCUACUGCCCUAGAGAUAGAAAAUACAGGAACAGUGCUAGACCCAACCGUGUCACUGGAGCUGGGUUCUGGAAGGCCACUGGAACUGACCGCCCCAUUUACUCCUCUGAUGGAACCAAGUGCAUUGGGUUGAAGAAAUCACUUGUUUUCUAUAAAGGCAGAGCUGCUAAAGGUGUCAAAACUGACUGGAUGAUGCAUGAGUUUCGUCUCCCUUCCCUCACUCAUCCUUCUCCAACUAAGAGAUUAGUUGAUAAAACCAUUCCCCCAAAUGAUUCAUGGGCAAUAUGUAGGAUAUUCAAGAAAACAAACUCCACAGCUCAAAGGGCUCUAUCUCUAUCUUCUAAUAUCCCACCUUUAUCUGACAAUGCUUUCACCAAAAAUGACACAUUUUCCCCCACAAAACCCACUUUGCCCUCCUUUGAAACCCUAACCCAAUCUUCCAUUUCCAACGCUUACCCUUUUGACUUUGUUGCUUCAUGUAAGCCAUUCAACACUCAAACAACCAAUACAUUCGCUCAUCUCCCCAUUUUGGCUGAGCCAUCACCCAACGCCACAGAGCAAGACAAAUCCAGAGUGGACCUCUCUUCCAUUUUGCUAAACAUGUCAUCAUCAGUGCUUGGAGAUUUUGGCAUGAAGCCCAUUGCAGACACCAUAGAUUUGCAUGCAAAUCAGCAGUUCAUAAACAAUUAUCCACAACCCUUUUCACAUGAGAUGCAAGCAGGUGGUGACCAGUUUGGGGCCAUGAUGAGAUCCAGUGUUGGGUGUCCUUUUGUAUGGGAUUCUUCUUCUUCUUCAUGCCCUAGUGAAGUAUCCACCACCACUAAUUGCUAUACCUGAUGGAUUCAAGAACUGGUUUUGAUUAGUAUCAUUAUUGUUUAGGAGCUUAUAUUAAUGUAGUUAGUUAGGGUAGAAUUAGGGUUUAGUUUUGAGUUGUGUUGUGUUUGUAAAAGGUGUUUGCAUCAAUAUGGGAAGCUUUUGUUUAUAAAACUUGAGGCUUCUGCGGUACACCAAGUUGAUGAGAGCCUUAUUGUCUUCUCACCAUCACAU